AUGCCACGCCGACGCCAAACUUCUGUGGUUUGUGGCAUUCGCGGCUGCCGCAGGCAUUUUGGCGAUCGCCAAACUUUGGAGCAACAUCUCAGUUAUGAACACCCAAUGAUGGUCUUCAGAGGAACGGUAAGAAAAAAGAUUCCGAAGGGAGGAACCAGUCACACCAAAAUUCUUUGCAGAACGGUGCAGCAACUCCUUGCCCUUGGAAAAAUUGCAGUGACGGCUUCCAUACUUCGGGGGCAUUCCGUGCUCAUUUUCUGGCUGCCCACAUCGAACCGUUGAAUAUUCGCGGUGAGUUUGAUCAGUUAUAACGUGGCAGAGUAUCUGGAGUUUCAAAUCCAAUUUUUUUCAGCAAGACCAACUCCAAGAAGAGUUCCACGAACUCAUCGCGUUGAACAAUGCGAAAUAUGCCACCACGCAUUCCCAACCAGAUUCGAAGUUUUGCUUCAUCACCUGCGGGCUGUUUCGCGUAAGUUUUGGCAGAAGCUUUAAAUUCCUGUGAGAGAAAUUAUUGAUUUUUUUGUAGACCACGGCUUUAUCCCACAUGACCAGGAUGAGAGCUGGCCUGAUGUCAUGUGGAUUCCUCCAGACGAGGCUCGUGAUCGAACAAAUCCACCAAAUUGA